AAGAGCAAGAAUCGUAACGAUGCACCAGGUGUGACUGACGUCCCAUUUCCCCAUGCCUUUUCUCACUCCGUCUACGCUCACCUCCCCUCUUACCUCCCCUCACCUCCCACGUCACCUCCCCCCACCUCCCUUCACCUCCCUUCCCCCUUUCACCUCCCUUCCCCCCCUCACCUCCCUUCCCCUCCUCACCUCCCUUCCUCCCCUCACCUCAAUUCCUCCCCUCACCUCCCUUCCCCCUCUCACCUCCCUUCCCCCCCUCACCUCCCUUCCCCCCCUCACCUCCCUUCCCCUCCUCACCUCCCUUCCUCCCCUCACCUCAAUUCCUCCCCUCACCUCCCUUCCCCCUCUCACCUCCCUUCCCCCCCUCACCUCCCUUCCCCCCCUCACCUCCCUUCCUCCCCUCACCUCCCUUCCACACCUCACCUCCCUUCCACACCUCACCUCAAUUCCCCCCCUCACCUCCCUUCCCCCCCUCACCUCCCUUCCCCUCCUCACCUCCCUUCCACCCCUCACCUCCCUUCCACCCCUCACCUCCCUUCCACCCCUCACCUCCCUUCCACCCCUCACCUCCCUUCCACACCUCACCUCCCUUCCUCCCCUGCCGCACCUUCUUCCCCUUCAUCAGGUGCCCGAAUCUCCUCACCCCUCUCUUCUCUGCGCCGCACCUUGUUGGGCGGGUAG